AUCGUCUAAACCUGAUUAGAUAAUUAGCGAGAGAGAUUCCCCGAUUUAGGGUUCCGAUCCUCUUCCCCAAAAUGGCCGAUUCGUCUCUCCCUCCCCCUGAUUCCGUCGACAACCGCCCCUCGGAGAACACCAAUUCUCCUUCACCUCCUCCUCCUCCUCCUCCGCAGCUCGAGCAGCAGCAGCCUCCUCACGGCCGCGAUUCCCGCGAGAGGCGCGACGACAGAGACCUAGACCGUCCGCCUAACCGCCGCGACCGCUCUCCCCUCCCGCCGCCCCGCAGGGAGUACAAGAGGCGGCCUAGCGGCAGCCCGCCGCCGCCGUACAGAGAGAGGCGGCACUCUCCUCCCUUGCGCCGCUCGCCUCCUCCUCCGAAGCGUUAUCGGAGGGAUGAUAAUGGAUAUGAUGGACGACGCGGCGGUUAUGGACCUCCGGAUAGAAGAUUUGGAUAUGAGAAUGAGCGUGAAAUGGGUGGGAGGCAUGGGUAUGGUGAUGAGAGACCUCCUGGUCGCUUUAUGGGGCGUUAUCAAGAUUGGGAGGGAGGUCGUGGAGGAGGUUAUGGUGAUGCAUCUAACAGAGGAAGUAAUCAAAGGGACGGAUUGAUGUCAUACAAACAGUUUAUCCAGGAGUUGGAAGAUGAUAUAUUGCCAUCAGAAGCUGAACGCAGAUAUCAAGAAUACAAGUCAGAGUAUAUCACAACACAGAAACGUGUUUAUUUUAACACUCACAAAGAUGAAGAAUGGUUGAAAGAUAAGUAUCAUCCAACCAACUUGCUAACUGUCAUUGAAAAGAGGAAUGAACAUGCACGGAAGGUGGCGAAGGACUUCACACUUGACUUACAGAGCGGGAAUCUUGAUUUAGGUCCUGCAGUGACAGCAUUGAAUAAAACAAAUGAGCCAAUGUCUGAGGAUGAAGCAGGUGGUGGUGGUGGUAAAAGACCUGUUAAGGGGGGAGGUAAAGAGAGUGACUUUUCAGCGGCACCAAGAGCACCCAGCUUCACUUCUGAUCCAAAGAGAAUCCUAACUGACAUUGAACAAGCACAAGCCCUUGUUCGUAAGCUGGACUCUGAGAAAGGAAUUGUGGAGAAUGUUUUAUCAGGUUCAGAAACUGAAAGUAAAGACAAGUCGCACAGUGGCUCGACUGGUCCAGUUAUAAUCAUAAGAGGUUUGACAUCUGUGAAAGGCCUUGAGGGUGUUGAAUUGCUUGACACGCUUAUCACGUAUCUCUGGCGUGUUCAUGGUGUGGACUAUUACGGAAAGGUUGAAACAAGCGAAGCUAAGGGUCUGCGGCAUGUGAGAGCUGAAGGGAAAGGUUCUGAUGCAAAAGGAGAUGAGGGUGAAGAUAAAUUUGAUUCUCAUUGGCAACAGAGGUUGAAAGGUCAAGAUCCCCUGGAAGUGAUGGCUGCCAAGGAGAAGCUAGAUGCUGCUGCUAUUGAAGCUUUAGAUCCACAUGUCCGAAAGAUCAGGGAUGAGAAAUAUGGUUGGAAAUAUGGUUGUGGAGCUAAAGGCUGCACGAAACUGUUUCAUGCUGCUGAAUUUGUGCACAAGCAUCUCAAGCUGAAGCACACUGAGCUUAUAGUGGAUCUCACUGUCAAAGUGCGGGAAGAGCUGUAUUUUCAGAACUAUAUGAAUGAUCCUAAUGCUCCAGGAGGACAACCAGCCACGCAGCAACCUGGCCCGAGAGAUAGACCUAUGAUGAGACGUAAACCAAGCAUGGAGAACAGAUUGAGGGAUGAUCGAGGUGGACGCAGAGAGCGUGACAGAAUUGACCGGUCAGAGGAUCAGCAGAGAGGUGAUGGUAAUGGUCCAAAUCCCGAGGAAGGUGGUUACGAUGCAUUUGGUGGACAAGGCGGUGUUCAUGUUCCUCCCUACUCUACUGAUAUGAACGCACCACCAGUGCUGAUGCCUGUUCCCGGUGCCGGGCCAUUAGGACCAUUUGUACCAGCACCACCUGAGUUUGCGAUGCAGAUGUUCAGGGACCCUAGUGGAGGACCAAACCCUCCUUUAGAAGGUGGUGGCCGAGGUGGACCAGCCCCUUUUCUUUUGUCUCCGGCCUUUAGACAGGAUCCUAGACGGCUACGCAGCUACCAAGACCUAGAUGCUCCAGAGGAAGAGGUAACCGUUAUUGAUUAUAGGAGCUUGUAGGCAAAGGGAGAAAGCUUGAAAGAGAUGUCUGGUCUUGCUAUGUAACUUUCCCAACAUUUAUAACUCUUUGUGGCCGUCAAUCUAUACUAUUUUCCAUAUGCCAAAUUUGUACCUCAACAAUAAACAGAUUUGUGUUACGGAAUGUUUUUGAUUUACAUGAUUUUCA